CAUUUCGUAUCUCUAGUCACUGGUCACUGUAUACAGUGUAAUCGUAAGUUAAACAAUUAAUUGAAACAGCUGCGUUUGUUUUUAAGUAUAAUCGUAUAAUCUUUUACAAAUACAGCAAAAUUAACAUAUUUAAUAUCAUGAUAUACACAGAAGCACAAUUUCAUGUAUUCAUUAUGGUCUAAAGUUUUGUGAAAUUAAGGUACAAUUAAUGACGUUUUCCUGAAGUUUUUAAAUUAUUUUUAUUAUGGCUCUCAGACCAUUUUUACACUUAGGUGAUAAUGUAUAUAAAUGCGUUUUUACAUUUGUACAGCUUAAACCUAAAAUAUAUGUGGCUCAAAAAUAUGCACAAAUUAGGAAUUUCAGUAAGCUAAGGGAUAAAACAAGAUUAUCGAAAAACUUUCAAAAACAUAAAAAUGGACAUGUUGUCAAAAUAUGGAAACCACUUACCUUUACAGUUAUGUUUAGUGGAGCAACAUUUAUUGGUGCUGUCAUUUGGGAAUAUGAGAGUAUCAGAGAACGAACCCAUAGGAUGAUCAGAAAUUACAGACAAUGGGGAAUACAUAGAACAGGAUGGAGACGUGAAAUAGAGGUUUGGUGGAAUAGUUUGUCAGAAGGAGAAAAGAUAUUUUUUCCUAUAUGUUUUUUGAAUGUCAUAGUGUUUUUAUCAUGGCAUGUACCGGCAUUUCGAGUAACGAUGAAUCGAUAUUUUUGUAGUAAUCCUGCAUCUAGUGUCUUAUGUUGGCCAUUACUUUUAUCUACAUUUUCUCACUUUUCUGUUCUUCAUUUAAUGGCCAACAUGUAUGUAUUAUACAACUUCUCUACUAUUGCUGUAAAGAAAUUGGGUAAAGAGCAAUUUGUGGCACUUUAUUUAACUAGUGGAGUGGUAGCUAGUUUUUCAAGUUAUUUGUACAAAGUUAUGAUUGGUUUACAAAAUCCUUCGUUAGGAGCUUCAGGAGCAGUAAUGGGCAUUCUUGGAUAUGUUUGUACCGAAUUUCCAAAUACAUACCUCUCUAUCAUUUUUCUUCCUAUGAUUAAAUUUACAGCAAGUACGGCCAUUAAAACAAUGAUGGGAGUAGAUACAUUGGGGUGUCUCUUACGUUGGCAGCGUCUCGAUCAUGCAGCUCAUUUGGGUGGAGUAAUAUUUGGGAUAUUUUGGCAAGUAUGGGGUAAUGCUAAUAUAUGGCAAAAACGUGAACCAGUAUUAAUGUUUUGGCAUCAACUUCGUGAUCAAUCAAAAUCUCGUUAAAACUACUUUGUUAUUCAAUUGAUGUUAUUGUAUCAAUUUUAUCGAAGAUUUAAAGAAUCGGAGAAAAUCAAUUAAAGUAUACUUUCAAACUCAGGUUCUAUGUUGACAACAUGUCCAAUACUUCCUCUUGAUGAUCCACAAAUACUUCCGCGAUUUGUACUUUUUGGCACACAUACCACUGAGUUUGCACUACUAUGACAUUGACUUGAUACUGGUGACUGAUUAAGUAUUGGAACAGAAGAUUUAUCCUCCUCUACAUUCAAAGUAGCUUUAUAUUUGUCAUUACAAGCAUUUACUAUUCUUAAUGUAUUUUCCAUAGCUUGUAUUUCUUGUUCAGUUUUUCUUAUUGUUUCAUCUAAUUUAUCCCCUUCUUCUUGUAAAAGGUAUUUUUCUUGUGCAUUUUGGAUCUUCAGAUGGGUAGUAUUUACUGGGGUACCAUCAGUGUUAGUACCUAACAUAGCUACAUAGUUAUCAUACCUUGCCUGUAACUGUUUUAUUCGUAUGUUUCGUUCGGCAAUAGCAGAUCUUAAUUCCGAACAUUCGCUACUAGCAACUCUUUUCUGAAUUACCAGUGAUUCCUUCUGUAUUGCAAUUUCUGCUUUGCGUUCCCGUACCGCCUAAAUAAUUAUAAUCGUGAAGUAAAAGUUUAAAUACUUCUGUAUGUUCAUCUGGAGUAAAUUAACAAUUAUUUUAUUAAUAACUUACAGCUUCUAAUUCAAGCUGAUGUCUUUCCAAGUCAUAUACAUUGUUUCCAAGAUUAGAUAUUGUCUUCUCCAUUUGUGAUACCUUAAGUCUUAACAUACUCUCUUCUACUUGUUUCUCUUCAUAACGAUUUUGAGCGGAUUUUAGUUCUUUUUCUCCAGCAUUCAUAAGAAGAACAAGAUCUUGUCUUUUAUUUUUUAAAGAUGCCAAUUCAUUGUUGUCAUUUGCUAAAUUAUUUGACAUUUUUCUCAUCUCAUCCUAUAUAACAAAGAUAAUAAGGAUACAUUUAACAUAUAUUUUAAGUGAUUUGUUUAAAAAUGACUUACUUCUAAACUUGUAAUUUGUUUCUGUAGUAACUUGGAUAUUUUCAUUUUCUCAUUUAAGACAUUUUGUAGCUCUUCAAUAUUUUGCUGCUUUCUUUCUACCUCAGUCUUAUCAUACUCAUUGCCUCUUAAUCUGUCUAAUUUCAUCUCAGCUUUUUGUACUUCGAAUUCAACCAUAUAUAAUGCUUCUUUCUUUUCCUCGUAUACUUGUUCAUCCUUAGUAUAUAAUUUGUUUAAAUAUUCGAAUUUUUUAAGCUCCUUCUGAUAUUGCAUCUUUAGAAUUUUAUUCUCGUUCUCUAAAUCUUUUAUUUGAUUAAUUACACGUAAAUUUCCUGCUUGUAAACGAUUUAUUUCUUUCGUUAUCUUGGACUUCUUUUUUUCUUGUUCCUACAUCAAUUUUUUGUAUUAUUUCGUCUGUUAUAAAUGUGUUACUAUAAUAAUUAUGAAUGUUAUUUGAACAACUACCGCGAUCAUAUUCUCCACUUCCUUUGCUUUUUCUUCUAUACCUGUUUUCUGAUUGUCAAUACUAUGUAAUUUUUUAGUUAAAUCAGACACUUGUUUAUUCACGUAUUCCAGUUUCGUGUAUUUUUUUUGAAUUUGUGAUUCUUUAUGUUUUAUAUCAGCUUGCAUUUGUUGCAUAUGCUGAGUUAAUUUCUUCGCAUUAUUGUUGUGUAUAAUUAACUGAAAUUUAAACGAAUAGACAAGUCAGGAAAAGAGAAAUUAUUAAUGUAUCUUUAAUAACAUUACUUAGUCUAUAUUCUUACUUGGUUUUCAUAUGUACCAAACGUUUCUUUCAAUUUUUGUUGUUCCUCUUUCAUUCUAAAAAGAUCUUUCUCCAGUUUUUUAAUUGAUUCUUCAAUUUGUUUAUUAUUUUCAUUUUGUUCUUUUAAAAACUGUUCUGAUUCCUCAAGUACUUUUUUUUUACCCUGUGUAAUCUCGUGUAAUGUUUCAAUUUCCUACAUAACAAAUUUUGAACUGGUUACAAUGUAAUGUAAUACUAGUUCCAAAACUAUUGCAAAUAUUGUAAAAAGUAUCUAUAGUAGAUUUGAAAUAAACUUCAUACUUGAAUAGCAUUUUUAAUAUCAUUAUUUCUUUGCUGUAACAUAGUUACACUCUCACUCCAUUGAUUAAAAAUCUGUUGAUAUUCUAUUAAUGUUUGAUCAUACAAUGUCGAUGUUCUACUAAGAAUAAUAUUCAUCUCUUGGGCCUCAUUAGUUAUUUUAAUGAUCGUGUCACGAUACGACUGUAAUUCCGUGCUAAGUUUCUGCCUUUUUAAUUCUAGUUCCUGAAUUAAUAAUAAUUGUAUUAUUUUCUAUAAACUAAUACUAUUAGAUUUAUUUUAUUAUUUA